GUCACCGUCUCCAAGGAGUGGUCCGGGGCACCGGUUUCAAAGUCGCAGGGCGGGCCGAGUGGACUUCCGCUGCUGGCCUGGGGCUUCCCAGCCGUCUUGGCGUCGUCCUCUCCAACCCCCGCAGCUCCGCGUAGAACGCCGCUCUCAGGCUGCCGUCAAGCUCCCGCGGCACUCUCCUAGGUGGCCCGACGAGACCCAGAGUGACCCGCGGGACGCCUGUAUCGACCGCGUCCUCUUCCCACCAGCGUGGGAUUCGGUUGAACGUGGAGUCCCCAGCAAUCUUCAGUCUCUCACCAGGGCCAGGGACUCGUCUGGGGCGCGGGGGAAAGAAGCGUGGCGGGGCUGUAGAUGCCGCGUGAGUAGGAUGCAGAUUGCACCGCUGGAGCGCUUGACAACCAACCGAGCGUUGGCUUAGUUUUGUUUUCCCGCACAGCAAGCUCUCUGUCUUUCAGAGGAAGGUAAAGGUGGUGAAAGCUCCAAACUAAAAUUGUAUCGAAAUGGCUGCAGAAAUCGACUUUCUGAGAGAGCAAAAUCGAAGACUAAAUGAAGAUUUUAGGCGGUAUCGAAUGGAAAAUUUUUCCAAAUAUUCAUCUGUACAGAAAGCUGUCUGCCAAGGAGAAGGAGACGACACAUUUGAAAACCUAGUAUUUGACCAAAGCUUUUUAGCUCCUCUUAUUACUGAGUAUGAUAAACACCUAGGAGAACUAAAUGGGCAGCUGAAAUAUUAUCAGAAACAGGUGGGUGAGAUGAAAUUACAACUUGAAAAUGUCAUCAAGGAAAAUGAAAGGUUGCACAGUGAAUUAAAAGAUGCUGUUGAAAAAAAAUUGGAGGCCUUUCCCCUUGGCACAGAGGUAGGAACUGACAUAUAUGCAGAUGAUGAAACAGUCAGAAACCUUCAAGAACAAUUGCAGCUAGCCAAUCAAGAAAAAACUCAGGCUGUGGAACUCUGGCAGACUGUUUCUCAGGAGUUGGACAGACUACACAAGCUUUACCAGGAACAUAUGACUGAGGCCCAGAUUCAUGUAUUUGAAAGUCAAAAACAAAAGGAUCAGCUAUUUGAUUUUCAACAACUGACCAAACAACUUCAUGUUACUAAUGAGAACAUGGAAGUGACUAACCAACAGUUUCUGAAAACAGUAACUGAACAAAGUGUGAUAAUUGAACAACUCCGAAAAAAACUUAGGCAAGCCAAAUUAGAGCUGAGAGUUGCUGUAGCAAAAGUGGAAGAGUUAACUAAUGUGACUGAAGAUCUGCAGGGACAGAUGAAAAAGAAGGAGAAGGAUGUGGUGUCUGCCCAUGGAAGAGAGGAAGCAUCAGAUAGGCGCUUACAGCAGUUACAGUCUAGUAUAAAACAAUUAGAAAUAAGAUUAUGUGUGACAAUCCAAGAAGCCAACCAAUUAAGAACUGAAAAUACACAUCUGGAAAAACAGACCAGAGAGCUACAAGCAAAGUGCAAUGAAUUAGAAAAUGAGAGAUAUGAGGCUAUUGUAAGAGCCAGAAAUAGCAUGCAACUCUUAGAAGAAGCUAACCUUCAAAAAAGUCAGGCUCUACUUGAGGAGAAGCAAAAAGAAGAAGACAUAGAGAAAAUGAAAGAGACAGUUUCUCGGUUUGUACAAGAUGCUACCAUAAGAACCAAGAAAGAAGUUGCAAACACCAAAAAACAAUGUAAUAUACAAAUUUCUCGAUUAACAGAAGAACUUUCAGCCCUUCAAAUGGAGUGUGCUGAAAAACAAGGCCAAAUUGAACGAGUCAUUAAGGAAAAAAAAGCAGUGGAAGAAGAACUAGAAAAGCCUUUUCUGCAGAUUUACCGUGAAGGCAGAGGAAAUGAGAGUGAUUACAGAAAACUGGAAGAAAUGCACCAAAGAUUCCUGGUUUCAGAGCGUUCAAAAGAUGAUCUUCAGCUAAGACUUACGAGAGCAGAAAAUAGAAUAAAACAACUUGAAAUUGACUCCUCAGAAGAAAUAUCACGUUACCAAGAAAUGAUUCAGAAACUUCAAAAUGUAUUGGAGUCUGAAAGAGAGAACUGUGGGCUUGUCAGUGAACAAAGGCUAAAACUUCAGCAAGAAAAUAAACAGUUACGGAAAGAGACUGAGAGUUUAAGGAAGAUUGCCCUGGAGGCUCAAAAAAAAGCCAAAGUAAAGAUCAGUACAAUGGAACAUGAAUUUUCAAUAAAGGAACGUGGAUUUGAAGUUCAAUUGAGAGAGAUGGAAGACAGUAAUAGAAAUUCCAUUGUUGAACUGAGGCAUCUCCUAGCGACUCAACAGAAGGCAGCCAACAGGUGGAAAGAAGAAACAAAGAAACUUACUGAAAGUGCAGAAGUUAGAAUUAAUAAUCUAAAGAGUGAGCUGAGUCGACAGAAACUUCAUACCCAAGAGCUGCUUUCUCAGCUGGAAAUGGCAAAUGAAAAGGUAGCUGAGAAUGAAAAGCUAAUUCUAGAGCAUCAAGAAAAAGCCAACAGACUUCAAAGGCGUCUAAGUCAGGCAGAAGAGAGAGCUGCUUCAGCUUCCCAGCAGCUCAGUGUGAUUACAGUGCAGAGAAGAAAAGCAGCCUCCCUGAUGAAUCUGGAAAAUAUUUAAAAAUAUUCAUAGUUCACUCACAGAACUUUAGAGUUGGGAAAGCAGUUGGACUAGAAGUGUAUUGAAAUGGUAAAGCCUGCAAAGUAUAAUAGUUAAGGCUUGUGUUAUUUCGCGUAAGCAUUGUUCUGUUUUGAGGGUUAUUGGAAAACAGAGCAGUGACCACUUCCUGUAAGUAAAGAAAAUAUAAUCCUAUAUUGAGCUUCAGUGGAGAAUAAACCAGCUGAGAAGAACUCAUUGCCUUCAUCAAUGUGUCUGUUUUUUAAUUCCUCCUUUUUCCCUUGAAAGGACAUAAUAAUUUUCAAACUAUGCAAAUUUAUCUUUCAUAAGAAAGAGUUAAGAAAAUUCUAGAAUUUAAUAUUUCAGUUUCCAAGAUUUGAGAAUUUUACAUCUAAUUGUUACUUCUAACUCAUUUUUAAAGUUCCUAAGUAUCCAUUUUAUUAUGAACUCAUAAAUGUAAUAAAUUGUGCACUUUCUAAAA